CAUUUUUCUAAUAAAUUAAAGAAUAAAACAUGAUCUCCUUAUCAACGUUAGACGAGGUACGCUUUAAAGACAGAAAAGAAAAUUACAUCUCGGUCCUACCUGUUUCUGUAGAAUUUGGCAAACUACAUAGAGAGGAGAAAAAUUAUCGAAACCCCAGCGGCUGGAAAAAACAUACGACAUGUAGAUUAAAUGAAGAUCAGGUGGCCCCUCUUUCCGACUUACUUUACGCUACUGUGGCUUUGUACAGUACCUGCUUGAGAGAAGUGACGUUAACGUCUAUCUACAAGACAAUAAGUGCAGAAGGAGCACGUACUAUUAUUUUGUUGCGUGAUAAACGAGAGAUUCUUCAAAAGUUGGAGAACCACGGAACCGGUAAUCCUCUUGAGAUUAACAACAAUUCAGUGUCAGCAACCCAAUUUACGAAGACUUCCACCCUACCUGAGAAAGACGAAACAGUUGGCCAACUGGUCGAUCUUAGCAGUAGUAAUGGUAACGAUUCUGCGGUGCUUCUUAACGUAGUAGCUAAAGAACACAGUCCUGUUAAUGUCUUGGACCUUUGGGCAAAUUGGUUGUCGAUAGAUGACUCUGCUAGCGGCCGUGCUUGUGAUAAGAAAGUAUGUGAAGACUCGCGGCUUAGUCAGCUCAGUACGCCCUCUACAUGUGAAAGUGUGAAACUUCCACACUGUGGCUUCGAUAAUCCAAACGAAUAUCCUUUUUCUGAGGUCUUUAGUGAUUCAGAAAACGAAAGAGACAUCAAUAGUGAUAUAAAAGAAGAGGAGGACAUCGACGACUUCUCACGUGGACUUCAAAUAUUUUUCAAUGCUGCAACUCACAGAAAGCGUGAAAGACGGAACAAAUCUUUAGAGGGCGCCCAAGUGGGAAUGGAAAACAGAGUUAUGGCAGCGGCCACCUUUAAGAAAAACUACAGGUUGUUAUAUAAAUAA